ACGUAGUCCUCUUGGUGGUGUUGGUUGUCAAAGUACAAACCUGUUGCAGUCGCAGCUGUCCUUAACACGGAAAACGUUCAUGUCCGCUGGGAUGAUCGUGCUUCUAGAACUGGAGCGGAGUUAACAUAUGAACGCGUAAUAGUCUCUAGCAGUUAUUAUUCGAUGUUAUCAUCUUGAAGUCCGCAGCAUGUCGAAGCGUCGUGAGGCACUUUAGAAGAUUUAGUCUUCAGGUCUUGAUGCAAACGUCGGCACCCAUGUGUGAAAUGCGGCAACGGCGGGGCUUGUUGCUCCUGCUUUCAUUCUGGGUUGCUGUUGCGGUGAUGGCAGACAAGACAGAAUACCAAACGCUAAAAAGUGCGCAAACAGAUUAUCAUCCGUCAACACCGGUUGAUCGACUUGGUGUUCGCAUGAUCAGCCCUGUCUACGCCACAAUUCCCGUCGGCGACAAGGAAAUCACCGUUGCGCUAACUGUUUGGCUGCGGCGCGUUGGCGCAACCAAGGGCCCUUUUGAUAUGCCGCACCAGGCCAAGGACUCCAUCAGGAUGCUGGUAUGGGCGGAGAAGCCUGACAACCUGCACAACCGAGCGUUCGGCCAUAUGAUACUGCCGUUCAACCACAGCACCUGGCGGCCCAAUCUACUGCUUGAGGCCGCGGAACCGGGACCUGUACUCCAGGUCUUGCCGGAUAAGGGGCAACAGCCGGUGCCGCCAAAGAUGGAGAGCGCGCUGCGGCCCUACUCAUUGCGUGUGGACCUACCAGCCGGCGUUGGGGACUGCUUCAAGCUUAUCGAAACGAGCUAUCCCAAGCACAAGUUCCCCAUCUGCCUGCCGCCCGCCGCCGAGGACGGCGUCUGCUCCGAACUGGCUCCCCCCACCCGCCACAACGCCUCCGCGCCCGCGCUGUACCUGACCAUCGCGCCGGUACGGCAGCAGGACGUGGUGAGCAGCACCUCCCGGCAGUGCGCCGUGGACCCCACCUCCAUCCGCGACUGGCAGCAGUACUACGCGCGCUGGGCGGUGCGGCUGCGACACUACGUGGAGUACCACCUGGCUGCGGGCGCCGCGGGGCUGCUGCUGUACGCGGACGAGCUGACGCGGCGCUACCUGACCGCCACACCCGACAUCAGCCCCUUCCUGAAGGCCAAGCAGCUGAGGCUGGUGGAGUGGGACCUGCCGGAGCGCAGCCACGAGGACGAUGAUGGCCUGGGGCGACCCCUGGGCUACAACUACGACCAGGCCCUGUUCGCCGGUCACGCCUGGCUGGGGCUGUCCGCGUGCGGCACCAACCUGAUGCUGCUGGUCACCGACCUGGACGAGUACCUCUACUCGCCCCGCCCGCACGUGCGCUGGCCGGCGCCCCUCACCAGCUGCAUGGGCCGCCCGGGGGCCGACCGCACCGCCGCCACCGCCACCAGCCCCGCCAUCAGCGACUACCGCCUGCUGCGAUACGAGGUGGUGGCGGGCGACCUAGGCCAGGACGAGGAGGCGGAGGUCUGGGCCACAAAGCAGGACAGCAGCAACAGCAGUAGCGGCAGCAGCAGCUCCGGUGUGAGUCCCUCGCACCCGCUGGCGCACUACACGCUCAUCUACAAGCAGCCGCUCAGCAAGAUGCACGGCAAGGUGAUGGCGCUGCCCGCCGCGGAUGUGGUGCUGUUCUUCGUGCACGAGGGGCACGCGCUGUACGGCAGCACCCACGUGGUCGACUCGCAGUGCCUGGUGCUGCUGCACGUGACCAACUUCUUCUGCGCGCGGCGCAAGAGCGUGAAUCCGGAUACGCUGCAGGAGUUCAGGCACUGGAUGUUUUACAGGGACGAGGCGGCGACGAGUGUGCAGCCAGCCUAGCAUGAUAACGAGGGCUGUGACGCCCGAAUGCCGCUGAGUUUAUGUCUAUGAUGCGUAAAAAGGAAUCAACCUGUGUAUCCCGAUGGGAAUGGAAACCAAGACGUCUGCUUUGGUUAGGAUUGAAAUUUCGCCCUUUGUUCCUUAUCAUGACGGAUUCGGGCCCCGGGCAGUUUCUUGCACGGCACCGCGCGUGCGCUGGAAACGAUUGGUUGGGUUGGUGAGGUCGGGGUGAUCAUUCGCGUGACCUCUUGGCCCCCUCGCUCAACACGCGCGCGGCAUGCAUGUAUGUGAUUCGCGUAGCAUGAGGUGAAGUACGCAAUGCGUUGUGGUGAAGUAUGUUAUCUGCGUUAAGUAUUGGCUUUAUGCAUCUGCUUGGGGCGGCUUGGUUAAGCGCUUACACCCUUACUGCUAUGUGGGCGGCAUCAUCACAUUAGGAUUACCACGCACGAUACCGGUACCCAACUUGUCAAUGGGAUUAUGGUUUCGUGGUGCAGCACCUGGCUAAGGGGUUUUGACACGGUCUGCCCCUGUUAUCCUUAUGCCGUACGGACGCUUUGCGUCAACUCUUUUAAGGCAGUGAUUGCCGUUCCGUCGCCUGAGGUAGCUCAUCGUGGUAUGUACGGCACCCAUGUUUGCAUUCUUGUGCCGCCUUGUGGCGUAUCAUUGGUGACCCUGCGUUCACGCUGAUACCGGUGUUGUGGUUCUAGCGACUGGUCCGUUGUGAGGCCAGCGGGAGGAGCCAAACUCCCUGUAAUGCCCAGAACUGCAGGUGACUUCUGCCCUACGCGCCAAUACGGCUUUCGGUGGGCUCUGGC